CAACGACAUUGAGACUUUGGUUCAACAAACCCCUGAACGAGCAGAAAGACAACCUGGAAGACACGAGCAGCGAGUGACAGCACCUAUCCAGGAGUAGGUGUCAGGCAAUGGAAUCCAAGCCGGCCGCCGAAGGGCUGCGCGCCCGGCGAAAGGCGGAUCCUAACACGGUACCUAACGUUGUACCGCUAGGCACAACGGCUGCGGCAGACGAGAAGAAGGCGCGCCAAGUACACGCCCAGGUCGCAGCUGCCCAGGUCCGGGAUGUGCUCAGCUUGCUGCUGCUGUUUCGGUUCAUCAACUCGCUUUGCCUGCGCACCUUCUUCCAGCCAGAUGAGUACUUUCAGGCGCUGGAGCCGGCGUGGAGAAUGGCCUUUGGCAGCGAGAGCGGCGCCUGGCUGACUUGGGAAUGGCAACAUCAGCUCAGAUCCUCGCUGCACCCGGCAAUCUUUGGGCUGGUGUACAAGGCUGUGGAUAGUUUGAUGAGCUUCCUCCAUCUGUUUGUGCCGUUCAGGGCCUUUAUCCUCGUCGCCUUGCCGGGGACUCUGCAGUCCGUCUUUGCCGCGCUGGCCGAAUUUUACACGUGGAAGCUUGCCAUGGACAUCUACGGCAAGGAAAGCAAUGCUCCAUGGGCUGCUUUGUGGAUGACGGUGCUCAACCCCUGGCAGUGGUAUUGCUCCACAAGGACCUUUUCCAACUCGCUGGAGACAACUUUGACCAUAGCCGCCCUGGCAUACUGGCCAUGGGCCCUUUUCCGAGAUGAGAAGGCGGGCAGUGGUUUGUCCUUACUCCAGAAACACACAGUUACAAGCCUCCGGAUAUCGCUCGUGCUUGCAGCCAUUGCCGUCUUGUUACGGGCAACAAAUCUGAUUAUAUGGCUUGGCGUUCUGAGUCUGUCACUUCUGAGGCCGACUGGUAAAAGUAAACCAGCGCUGGGAACCUCGUGCCUGAUCGUGCUCAUCCGAGAGAUUCUGAUCUGCGGGGCGGCAGUCCUGGCGCUUUCUCUCGCAUCUGAUCGUCUCUACUUUGGUUUCUGGACGUUUCCGCCAUACAAGUGGCUCUACUUCAACCUCUCGCAGGCGCUUGCCGUCUUUUACGGCCGCAUGCCCUGGCAUUACUAUCUUUCCCAGGGCGUCCCCCUCCUGACCACUACUUUUCUCCCUUUUUGCGUGAUUGGUCUUUGGAAGGCUUUCUCCUCGCCCCAGAAGCUUCCUAAUAGCCAAUCCAGCGUUCUCAGGACCCUUUCCUUGGUCUCUGCGGGCAUGAUUUUGCUCCUUUCCCUCAUCUCCCAUAAAGAAGUCCGCUUCAUCUACCCACUCCUACCAAUCUUCCACAUCGCCGGGGCGCCAUACAUCACAUCAUUCUUCACCAAAGAGCCCACCGCAUCAUCGCCGCAGUCAACCUCCAGCCCUGUCUCUCUCCGCCACAAGCACACACUCGCAUACAUCCUCUCCAUCAACCUCUUUUUAGCUGGCUACCUCUCUCUUUUCCACCAGUCAGCACCCCUCUCAGUUGUCGAGUUCCUCCGGACGGACUUUGAGCGCCUCCAUCCGAAUGUCCUAGCUAUCAGCAACCAUGAUAACCACAGCAAGAACGUCAGCGACAGUACCGAGCUAUUUGCCCUAUUCCUCACGCCCUGCCACUCUACCCCUUGGCGAUCGCACCUCGUCUACCCGGCCCUGCGCGCGCGCGCGCUUACCUGCGAGCCGCCGCUGAAUACCGCGCCCGGCAGUGCCGAGAGGAAUGCCUACCUUGACGAGGCCGAUCGCUUUUACUUGGCCGCUCCGGAUGGGGAGUACGGGGUUAGGUUCUUGGCCGAGGAGAUGUGGCCGGCCAAAGGCAAUGGGCGGGCAGGUGAGAUUCCGCGGUAUAUUGUUGGGUUUGAAGGUGUGGAAGGGGUGCUCAAGCGGUUUUUUGAGGGGGAGGAUGCCCCUGGCAAGGACAUGGGCGUCAAGCUCAGGAGGGUGUGGGCUGCGAGGAACGGGUGGUUCAAUGAGGAUUGGCGGAGGAGAGGGAGUUUGGUGGUUUGGGAUACCGGGGUUUAUGAGGGGUCUUAUGGUGGUGGGUUUUGAAGGGGGAAGUUGUACUGCGAGUGAAUUAGUGGGUGGAAUCUCUGUUACUUGUAUGAUAUUGUCAGGGGCGGUACUGAUAACUAGACAUCCGACUAUACACCCUUUUCGAACGUCUUCCCUCCCAUCUCCCUGUCGAAUUCGGCGCACUUAGUCAGCCCGCAGAGCUCGAAAAUGUCGCGAAUCCCGCCGACCACCGUCUUCCCGUCGGGCCCAACGCGCUCCUUGAUGGCCCCCGUCGUCUUCAGCUCCUCGGC